CCUAUACUAUAUACUAGUUAAGCAAGUUCUAGUAAAGAAAGAUGAUGAAGGUAUAUGUUUGUGUUGUUGUGGUUCUAGCCAUGGUUCAAUUGAUGGUUGAACCAAGCCAAGCCUUUACCUGCUCCGAUGUUGAUAAGUCCCUUGUGCAAUGCAUGCCAUACUUGGUGGGCAGUGCCCCUCAGCCAGUUACAGCUUGUUGUGACGGAGUUAAGCAAAUCAAAGGGAUGGCAACUACCACUGAUGAAAAGCGCCAAGCUUGCGGCUGUGUUAAAGAUGCAGCUAAUAAGUACCAGAACAUUAAGGAAGAUGCAGCCAGUGGACUCCCUACCAAAUGCGGUGUUCCACUCUCUUACCCUAUCUCCAAAAACAUUGAUUGCAACACAAUCAAUUAAAAUGAAGGAUGCUUUGCUGGAAAAUAAAGGGAGACAAGAAUCUGAUGCUCCUGCAACUUUGUCUCUCCAGAUUAUAU